AUGUCCAACGAAGAGGACCGAGAGGUCAAACAGCGAGAGGCAGGAAACAGGGAAACCGCACGACUUUGGCGCGCAUGGCGGACUGUACACGAGUUGGUUCAGGAUAGAGGUUAUAUCCUUUCCGAGGCAGAGGUCAAGAUCAGUCUAGAGGAUUUCAUUCACAAAUUCAACAGCGGCGACGGCAAUAUCGAGAAAAAUCGCAUGACCUUCACCGCACACCCCAGCGAUGAGAUGGUUGCCCGCUACAGCAACCCAGUUACCGACCGCGACCCCAAACCCGCAGCUCCUGACGUUGGGCCCAUCAAGGUUAAAUUCGAGGAGGGAGACUCCAUCGGUAUCAAGAACAUGCGCAAAUUCGCCCAAGAGCUCACACAAGAAAGCUUCCACACAGGCAUUAUGAUCACGAGCGUCAAUAUCACCCCUGCGGCUCUCAAGAUCAUCCCCGCGGUAGCGUCCGAGACCAGGAUCGAGACAUUCCUGGAGGCGGAUCUGCUGGUCAACAUCACACACCACGAACUAGUGCCCAAACACGUUCUGCUUAGCAAGGAAGAGAAGUCGGCGCUAUUGCAGAGAUAUCGGUUGAAGGAGACACAGCUCCCGCGUAUUCAGGUUGGUGAUCCGGUUGCGAGGUAUUUGGGGUUGAGGCGGGGUCAGGUGGUCAAGAUCAUUCGGAAGUCUGAGACAGCCGGGAGAUAUGCUAGCUAUAGGUACACGGUCUGA